GGAACCUUUUUUGCGCGGGUGGAGAGCUCCUUGGUAACACGUAACUAUUUUGACAGAGCACAGCAGUUGGGAUAUGUCCAUCUCCGCCAAAUUAUUUGGAAGACUUCUCUGAAUACAACCAAUUUUUUUCUAAUUGGAGUUUUUCUACAAAGAUGGAGUCUCCUACCUUGCCUCCUGAUGUCCGUCUCGAAGUGUCCCAGUGUUUCCAGAGCCUCACCCUGUCAGCCCCAAAGCAAGAUGCUAUCCGUGCUCUUCAAGUCCUCCGCUCUUACUUGGACGAAACCCCCGAGAAUGUGAAUGCUUCAGUCCAGAAGGCAGAGUUUCGGAGGUCUCACUUCACUCGCGUUCUUCAGUUCCUGGUAAAGAACAUUCAAGCCGACUGGUUCCACGGCCUGACUGCAGCGCAGCGCUCGGAAUUAUGGGAUGGCCUCUUCUUGUGGGGGCCUCCUGAACAGACUCUGUUGGUGCUGAUGGAGGGAAUUAGCGAGUUAAGACCAGGUUCAAAUUUGGACCACUUGGUCAGCAUCACAGAGAAGUUUGUCCAGAGCGGUCGGCUGGCCGCCCUGCUGUGGUCCUACUGCCUGACCACCACCGGUCCCGUUGACUCCCCCCAACUCCGAGAGGCCCUUCUCGCACGUAUCGUGGCGCUGCCGGACAUCACUGCCAAUAAACUUCAGCACAACAACAAGCCUGCCUUCCUCCCUCAGCAGUACUAUCCACUGCUGGCAAAAGAGAUGCUGACUGCCUUGGACCGUACUUGCAGGGCCCUCAAAGAUGGCACCAGCUGUUCUUUGACUUUUGUGGCUCAGACACUUGGAAAGCUCUGUGCCCAAGGACAUGGUGGUCUGUUGCUGGCUGUGAUGACUCCCAAAAUGUCCGCCUGCACGCGCACAGACAUGGUGUGGCAGAGGGUUUGCUGGAAGUUGCUGGAAAAUGUACCCCAGCGCUGGAUGGAAAGCGUGCUCGUCGGCUUGGUGCAGGCCGUCCAUGGACCUGGAGCAUUGGGUAGAAUCAUGGGCAAUCUUGUGUUAAAAAAUAAGACGGCCCAGUUUGUCAUCACACAUAAACUGCUGUUGCUGCAAUACAAAUAUGAGACUCGCACGUUGAGAGUUGUUCUGGAUUACCUCGCCGCAGACAAGGACAGAAGACCGCUGCUUAUCCAAGUGUUGCGGUGCCUGUGCCAAGCGUGGGCCAACCCAAGCGCAGUGAAACACACACCCCUGGAGCAGCAGCUGUACGUCAGCAAGGCACUCCUGCUGGCUGUGGGUCUGCUAGAGGAUGCCGAGCUGCAGGAGCUACGUUCAGAACUUCUCCAGUGCAUGUUGGGAGGAAUGCAGAGCCACCUGGACAGCAACGUGCUACGAAUCAGGCAUAUGGGGAUGGUUGUGGGCGAGUGUCUGAGCUCCCGCAUGAAUAUCAACGGAACCAAGCUCAAAUUUGAGUAUGAACAGGAUGAGGAAACACGAGAUCUGGUUUCUCUUCUGACUCCUUCCAAGAUGAGCGAAUCAGAGCCUGAAUGUGACGAUGGGGUCAGCCCUCCAGAAGAGAGCAGAGAAAAUCCGCCAGUUUGCAACGGUUCCUCGCAAAAUGAACGAGAAAUGGCAUCGUCAAAAAAGGAGCCAGGCUCGGACCUCGAUAGCGAUGAUGAGUUCACGCCUUACGACAUGUCUGGAGAUCAGGAACUAAAGAAAGCGUCACCACCACGCUACCUACGUGAUUGUCUGGAAAAUUUAAUUUCGUCGGAAGAUCCGGAGUGUGUGGAGCUUAGUUUAAGGGUUGCUGAGGGACUGGUGAGAAAGAACGUCUUUGCGACUAAAGAGAUCAGUGUACAGCUCAGCAAAGUUCUUCUCCACAUGGAGGAUAAAUACAGCAUAAAUGGCUUCCGGGGUCUAAGGCAGGCCGCCAUGGUGGCACUUGUGGUCAGCGACGCCAUCCCGGUGACCGAGUUUCUCAACACAGAGUUCUACUCCUUAAACUACAGUCUUUGCCAGCGCCUUGAUAUCUUAGAGGUUCUUGCUGUGGCAGCUCAGGAGCUAUCAAAGCCAAACCCGGGAAACGCAAAUCCAAUCGUCACCACAGACCAAUCGCCGUCCUCGGCAGAGGACACUGCUACGUGUCGGCAGGUUGUUGAGAAGCGCAUUCAGGCAAAGACCAAGCGCAUCAGUCAGGGAGCCUCCCAGCCACCAGCAAAAGCCACGGCCAACCGUUACGCACCAGUUGCUGGAUAUUUCUUCUUUCCUUUACUCAGAAAUUAUGACAAGCCUCAGGUAACCUUUGACUUGUUGGGAAGUGACCACCUGGUGUUGGGCAGGCUGAUCCACACCUUGGGCAUCUUCAUGCAUUUGGCAGUCAAUGCGCCGGUAGCUGCACAAAUGGGUCGUGCCCUCCUUGAUUUUGUGUGGGUGGUGCGUUACCACGCUGACCAGAUAGUAAGACGAAGCGUCGUCUUUGCCGUCUGUUCCGUGUUCAUGAGUAUGCCCACUUCGAACCUCCUAGUGGACCUUGCAGACCAGAUUUUUGAAACUAGAUCUUGGUUGGCAGAUGUGGCUGAGGAUGAUGUGGAUGCCGAUUGCAGGAGUUUGGCCAUGCAGAGUCUGGUACUCCUGGAUAAGAGCCUAAAGAAACAGCUUCAAAGUCCACAAGCCCUCAGCAUUGAAUCAUGAGCAGCAACAACUACAACAAAAAAAUGCACCAGGUCGAAGUGAACACUUUGUCCUCACAAAGACUGCAGGUGUCGAUUGUGACAGUCAAGGAAGCGGAUGACACCAAACAGUGACCAAUGUCCCUCAAGGUGGGAUGAUUUUUUUCACUUCCUGAAACACAAGGUCAAGCAAACGAAAGCAGGUUUUAUCCCCCGACUCUGCAUUUAAAAGUGCACACACAUUUUUACUUUUUGUUCAAACUUCAAACCACGGUCAAACGAGACCAAUUGUGGCUGAAAAGAAGAAAUAUUAUGCUGUUUUUUUCCAGCUAAUAAUGUAUGAAGAGGAUAUCCUUUAUAUAGUACAGGUAGAUCCUUUCGUCUCCUUCCUGUACAAGCAGAUCUUUCUAUUGGGGUUGUUUGUUCACAAAGGACAUCCUGUGAAUAUUUAUGUGCAGUACUUAGUCGUACACAGACUGCAAAAAUAAAUUGUACUUCCUCCUGUGA